AAUUCCACAGGAAGUGACGCACCUUGUCACAAUAUCGGGGGUGCUUGCCAGGAUGAUCACAUUCAUUGUUCCGGAAGUUACCAUACCGGGUUGUGUUCCGGUGGUACUCAUCGAAGAUGCUGUUCCCAUGCUUCCGCAGGUACCAACAGUGGGAUGUGUUCUAACGUCAAAGUUUACUCGCGUGCCAGCUGGGGAGCCAGAGCCCCAAAACACGUGACUACAAUGCACACUCCUGCCAGUCUCUUCUUCGUGCACCACACUGAAGGAAAUUUCUGUCAUGACUUCGCUUCCUGUGCAACACAGAUGCGCGGUAUCCAGAACUAUCACAUGGACUCAAGAGGUUGGUCAGACAUCGGCUACAGUUUCCUUGUGGGUGAAGACGGUGCUGUGUAUGAAGGACGUGGGUGGCAUCACGUAGGAGCACACACACAGGGUUAUAACAGCCGAGGGUUCGCCGCCUCCGUUAUGGGAAGUUUUAUGCACCGAAAACCAAACACUGCUGCACUUAAUGCAAUUAAAAAUCUGAUUCAGUGCGGGAUUGAUCACGGUUACAUCACUUCCGGUUAUAGUCUUUACGGACAUCGUGAUGUCGGAUCCACCGAUUGUCCUGGAGAUGCUCUUUACAAUGAAAUCAGAACCUGGCCACAUUACAGCACCCACAAACCUUAAACUUACCAGUCUCUUAAACCUACCCAACUGAUU